UGCCCGGGACGCGCUUCAGCCCCGUCCCAAGACCACGACUCCCGAGAUGCAACGCGCGCCUCGUGAGUCUGAGCAUGCGCUCUCAGAGUUUCCGGGGCCUGUGGCAUUUACUUCCGGCAGCAGGGGAUCCGCUCAUGGCUGCCCUCCUCCGAGCUGUGCCAAGGUUGCAGGGGCCAGCUGCUUGGGGAAGGCCUCUCCAUGGGCUAUGGUUUUGCAGUGGGCAGGAGGAUCCCAAGAGGUGGGUGGGGAACAGGUCACCCACCUUGAAGGAGAAACCACCAAGUGAAGAGAAUGAGAAAUUCCAGAUGGUCUACCGCUUUAAUGCCAUCAGAGCCUUUGGGUACGUGUCUCGGCUGAAGGUGGCACAGACGGCUCUGACAGUGGUGGCCCUGCCACCAGGCUUCUACUGGUACUCCCAGGGCCUCAUGACUUUCAACUCACUGUGCCUCCUAAGUGGGAUAGCUGGCUUUGCCCUGGUCAUGCUGUGCUGGAUGAGCUAUUUCUUCCGGAGGCUGGUGGGCAUCCUGUAUGUGAAUGAGUCAGGUACCAUACUGCGGGUGGCCCACCUCACCUUCUGGGGCUGGCGUCAGGACACAUACUGUCCAGUGGCUGAUGUGAUGCCCCUGACAGAAACCAAGGACCGGCCCCAAGAUCUGUUCGUACGGAUCCAGCAGUACAGUGGAAAGCAGACCUUCUAUCUCACCCUGCGCCAUGGACGUGUCGUGGACAGAGAGCGUUUUACGCAGGUGUUCGGGACACUGGACAGACUCAAGUGAACAGCUUGGAGCUGAUCUGGGUAGCCCGUGGCCACCUGGAUCUCUGACAAGAAAGCUGAGGGUGUGGGAGCAGCUGAAGCAGGGAAUCUCCAGGACCCUGGGAACUUGUUUUUUUGGAUGAAGAAAUUUAUGAAGUGGAAGUAGUAACCAGGUUUACGAAAAAGGCCUUCAGAGCAGAAUCUUCCUAUACCUGUAUAUGACACUCAUUCAGAUAAUGGCUAGAAUUUCUGUUAGGAGGCAGCUGUUGGAGGAAGCUGGGCGGGGUCACUUAGCCUCAGCUAUGAAACUGGAAGACCAAGAGGCAUGGCAAGGGGCACAGGAUCUGGAGUUAAAAGGCUUGGGUGCCACCAGUUCUCAGCUCUCAGCCUGGGCAGAGUAGUGUGUCUAAGUUCACAUCUGUAAAAUGGAUGGGACUCUUUGUCUCAUGGGUAAAUGUGAGAAUAACUAAAUGUGGGCUGGGGGUCAAGCUCAGAGGUAGAGCAUUUGUUCAGCAUGUGUGAAGCCCUGGCUUCAGUCUGUAAAACAAAUAUAUAAAGAAACCAAUAAUUGCCAAGUACUUUGCAAACUCAGUAGCCCAGAGCAAAUAUGAAGCCUUUGGUCAAAGAUAUACAGUGGCAUCCCAUGGAGCUUCAAAGCUUUUAAAAAACAAGUUAUACUAUACUUGAAGUUGGUCUUUGCUUCAUGUUAUGAGAGUAUCUCAGUUAUGUAUAUUUAUUUUAAAAUAUUCAGGAAUUGCAAAGUAUUACACUGAGUGGAUGUAGCAGGUCCUUUUAACCUUUACUGUUAUGUUUGUCAGGUUUUCAUUGCUGUGACCAAAAUACCUGGCAAGAACAAUUAGAGGAGGAAAAAUUCACUGUGGCUCACAGUUUCAGAAUUUCAGUCCUUGCCCAGCAAACUCCAUUAUUCUGGACCCGAGGUGAGGUGGAAGGGUGUGGUGGAGAAGAACUUCUCAGUCCCUGGUGGCUGGGAAGCAGGGAGCCCAGGGGUAAUAGAAACCCCUAAGGUGUGCCCCCCCACCUACAGGUGCCACAUGGUCAGUCCUUUCAAAUUACUGACCCAUCAGAUGGACUGAUCCAUUGAUUAGGUUACAGCUCUCAUAAUUUAAUCACCUACAUUGUUAACAGGAGCUUUUAGUGGGGGGCACCUCAUAUCUAAACCAUAACUAGAUCAUUCCCAGUUUUUUUUUUUGUUUUUUUUUAUGGUGCUGGGGAUUGAACCCAUUGCCUUGUGCAUGCAAGGCAAGUGCUCUACCAACUGAGCUAUAUCCCCAGCCCCCCAAUUUUUGAGUAGUAAUAAGAAUGUAAGCUGAAAAUGAUGUUUUGAAAAAACUGAAUUUUUUUUUUUUUUUUCAUAUAUUGCAGUGCUGUGGCUUAAACCCAGGGCCUUGAAUGGGCUGGGCAGGCGACCUGCCACUGUGCUGCAUUGCCAGCUCAAAAUGACCUUUUCUUUUUUUAUACAUUACUGGGGAUUGAACCCACGGGCACUCUCCCCCUGAGCUAUAACCUCAACCCUUAUUUUUUAUUUUGAGGUGGUCUCACUAAGUUGCUAGGUUAGCCUUGAACUUGUGAUCUUCCUGCUUCAGCCUCCCAAGUCACUGGGAUUAUAGGUGUAUGCCACCACAUUGGGCCCCAAAAUGACUUAAAACAAAAAUCAGUUAACAAAAGAAGUUAGGUGUUUUUGUUGUUAAUUUUUUCAUUUCAGAAAAGCAAAUAAAACAAUUCAAAAGA